UAUAAGGCCGAGAUCUUAAUAUUUUGUGCAAGGACCUCUCUCAGUAGUAUUCAGUGCUCAAGGACCCCCAUCCCUCUAUAAAGAAGCUGUUUUCUUAUUACGGCAAUCAAAGAAGGCCAGUUAAUCUGCCAUUUCCACAAAACCAGAAGAAACCCUAAAUACUUUGAACUGCUGCGCGCUUAUUCUCCAGUAAUUCUUCCACAUUCAAUGUUUUAGUUAGGGGGAAGUUCUUUAGAGGUUUACAGUGAUGGCUCUGAGGCGUUUAUUUGGAUUUUCUGAUGGUGAGCUGUCGAGAUCUGAUGCAAAACCGUGUUCUCGACUAAUGAGGCACACAGCUGCUAUUUUUAGUGUUGGUGGCGCUUUAGGGUUCUGGACCCUUUGUAGACUACAUUAUGGUCCCAGAAUAACAGUUCCAAGGUCUCUAAGGUGGGCAGGUUCUGGAGCAAUCGGCGUAAGCUCAACCACUGCACUUCUGGUCCGCCUUUUUAGUCCUGAGUGUGAACCUCAAAACAUUGCUGCCUAUGAAAAGAAAUAAUGAGACGACGUAUGUUUUUAUGUUCUGUUAACUAGUCUUUGUAAGGAUUUCAAGUUUAUAUGUAGUUUUUAUGAUCUCUAUUAAAUUACAAUAUUACCAUAGAAGAGGGUUGGAUGGGUAUGGUGCCAUGGAGUCUCUAAAUUAAUCUAUUGGAAAAGUUUCUGAUACUAA